AUGGGCAAGCGAUUUGACUGGCAGCCGACGGGGAGGCUCGUGCGCGGCCGGAUUAUCCGGGCGUUUUUGCCCUUGAAGCGGCACCCGCAGCAGCUGCUGGACAACCCGAACUACACGAACCUGUACCCGGGGGAUGAGGUGUACAGCUUUGAGGAGACGGCGGACGGGCGAUGGUGUCGCGUGUACCAGGUGGUCCAACCGCUGCCGGAGGACUUUAUCUCGACCAUGAAGCGGUUCUCGGACAAGCUGCCGGAGGAGCAGCACCGCGUGGUGGUGUGCCCGAAGGCGUUUGUGCACUGGUAUGACGACGAAGUGGUGACCUUUCCGUUCCUGGACCUGCCCGACGAGCGGGAGGUGAAGCGGGAGGUGGCGGAGACGGACGUGCCGAGCCUGCACGACCUGCUGCAUAGGGACGACUUGGGGGACCUGGAGCUAUUCCGGCAGCUGCGGCGGACGCGGCCGAUCCGGCCGGCGUACCCGUUCUUCAAGCUGUUCAACAAGACGGUGGUGGAUGAGCUGCAUGUGAUCCUGUUCCAGCUGUGCGCGCACAUAUACUCGAUGUACUCGGUGGGCGAGUUUGAGAUAUAUGAGUGGCUGACGCGCGUGUACUACAAGAUGGACGAGUUGCGCGUGCCGUACGCGGAGGAUAACAUCCUGACGGAGGAGGAGCGGUUCUUCGCCGUGCAGGAGUGUAUUGCACUGUCGUCGAAGAUAUCGCGCUACCUGGCUUUGAAGGGCGUGAGCAAUGUCUUCGACCGCAAAAAGAUGUUUGAUGUGGACCCGUCCGGCUACGACGCGAUUCUGUCCCGCCACCAUCAGUCGGGGGAGCUCUUGGCGUACGAUGCGCUUCCGCGGUAUAUUUCUUCGGUCACGAUGCUGCAUUCAUUGACGCCCAACUUCCCCAUUUCGAACGAGUCCGACCUCGUUUUAAAAGCGGAUCAAAACACUAUGCUGGACCCAUCUGCUCCGUCCCAGCUGCUGGUCGAUUUCAAGGAUGUGAAAGGCGCACCCGAAUUCCAGCGGGCACUAACUCGGCUGACAGCAUAUCUGUACUUAAGGACCUCGAAGAAGCGGCUGACCGAAACUUUUGCUGUCCAGGUCAAUUCGGAUAAGAUCUUGACCUUAGACAAUAUAUCUGCCACCUUGUUCAACAACAUACCAGCCACAGAAAUCGAGAAUUCGAGGAUAUACUUAGUAGUGGAGCUGGUGGAAAGCCUGGACGUUGCGCACGUGGACUUUGCGUACUUUAAUGACCUAUACCCAUCCUUUGUGCCUUUCCAGUCGCCCAAUGAGGAUCAGAUUGAUCAGAUUAGAAAGGGAAUAGCAGUUGGUGUCGCUGAUAUAUCCCGUGUGUUUACUAGACAUAGAAAGGCGAUAUCUCAGGAAACUGUUUUUCACUACAAGAUAAGCUUGUUUAGCUCUUAUGUGAAAUCUGAACAUAAAGCAGAGAGAACUAUCCAGCCGAAUGGACAAUUUCAUAACUCUACCCCAUCAGGCGAAUUCUGUAAAAUGAAAGCGUUGCAUGCUGCUGAGAAUAACGGGUGGGGUGAACUGGUAGAUAGAAUUAUCCUUGACUCCGAUAAGGGUAUCGCCGUGACUCCAAGGGCGCUUUCACUUACUGUUACCGUUAAAGAAAUUACGAAUACAAAUUCUAGUAUUUUGGAGGAGCGCAAGCACACAUCUGCGAUUAAGCCAGUUCCAUCCUACUUUUAUGAUGUAUUGGCAGAGCCAAUGGAUCGCAUCUAUGUUACCAUCGGUAAGGUCAAGGUAUGCCACAACUUUGCUCCAGAUGCUAAGAUGAGCAACAUCACAAUUGUUAUAAGCGCCACCAAUAAGAAUAUCACUUUCAGAAAUGGCUCUAACGAGUCCCCUUCAGACAAUUGGAAGUUUAUAUCAGUUAGGUCGGGUGAAUCAGUUGGUGAAACAGUUCGAAUUGACGGUGUGGCUGCAAUGGAGAAAGACGAGACGCUCAGGAUUUCUGCAUAUUAUGGGACCUUGUUGGCGAAGGCUAAAUUCUACAUUAAAAAGGGUAAUCAAAUUCUUGAAUAUAAGAAGCAUUCCGCUUUCCAGCUCAUGUCCGCAGAUAACAAGCCAUUGAUUGAAGUAGAGGUGGGCACCGAAUAUGUUGGCCAAAAAUACAAUAUGGAACGUACAAUAUAUGACAUUUUGGCGCUAUGGCGCAGGCCAAAGGCGGUAGCCCUGUGCUUGACGGGGGAUGAAACUGAGGAAUCUUUGUCUACAAAGAUUAUGGCAUUGAAAUCCAUUGAUACUGUUCAGCUUGUGAAAUAUUUUGAUCCUAUAUUAGUUAGGCUUCUGGAGCUCAAUUACGCUGUUUUAGUCGCAGAAAAGGAUAAAUCUUCUGCCAACUUUAAAGAUACCACAUUUUUUUCUCUCAUACAGUUCUUGGAUAAGUCUAUUAUACGGCAGGAAACUUACAGGAAUAAGUUUAAUGAUUUUAUUGAUCGGUUUAGUGGGGAAAACUCCAAUCUACCACCAGUUGGCCCGGUUUUGAUAGCUUCAUUAUCGAAAGUGUUUUUGAAUGCUCAAACAGAGUGGAACUAUGUGGGCCGUACUGCAUGCCGCGCCUAUGCCACAGUUGUCCGUUUAGCUCUAGUAUCGUCUCAAAAUAUGAAAGAAGAACUAGUAACAGCGUUAAGAGGACUAUUCAACGCACUCGUGGGGUUUUUCUCUUUUAACAAAAGUUCAGCCUUGACGGAUCAUAUAUGUGUGUUAGAAGAGUUUGACAUUGUCAUUACAGUAGUAUCUGACUACUUCGAUUGCGAUGAUCUUCUCGGCAUUUGCUCUGGCUUUUUCAUGGCAUGCACAGAGAAAGAGCAUUCUACAGGAAUGGACAAGAACCAGCUGAACACUAGGGAGCAAAAGUUUGUGAAUACAAAAUUACUAUUGCUCCGUAGAAUGUUGGAUAAUCCACCAUUGGGUCAGUACUUAUUUGCAGAGGAAGUACAGAGCAAUGCUGUGUUGUCUUUUAUUAAUCAGGUUGUCGAAUGGAGUUUCCAGGUCUUUUUGAAAAAGAAUAUCAAGGAUUUGGAUAUGAGUUCAAUAAGGUUGGCUAAUGGUAUCCUGGUUACUUUAUUAGAAAAUUCUAAGAGCAUCAUUUUGCGCCGGAAUUUGAUAAGGCUACUUCCAACGCUCUGCCGUUUCUUCAUCUUGGUUUGGAAAUAUACUCAAGGAAACCCACAGCUUAAAUUUGGUAGGACCUUUACCGCGCUAUUCCCUACAAAUUUCCCAUUUACUGAAAUAACCGUCGAUUCUAUGGUGAAUGAAAGAGCUAUAUCCGAACCGCUCAUCGAGUUGGGUACUAUAUUGGCAACUUUAGCCAAAAUUGUAGAAGAAAUAUAUGGACAUGGCAGCUCAUUUAUACAAGUUGUGGAAGACUGCGCCAAUGAUCCUAUUUUUACAUCUGUAUUUUACAUUACGCGGUUUACCAAGGAAGAUAUUAUAAGUGCCGUUAAUACUGUAACAAUAUUGACCAAAGAUGGAUACAUGCCCUCCCGUAAGUGGAUUUCACUACAUGCCCUAUUUUUGAGGACAUGCGUUACUAUAUUGGAAAUGUACAAAAGUCUGUUAAUCCAAUAUAAUGUUCCUCCAGAUGGGAAUGCCAGUGAAUUUGAUUGGGAACUGUGGGCUGCUUAUUUGAAUGCAUUGCUCCUAGUGGGAAAUAACCGGGUUACUAGUACGAUAAAACUCGCUGACUUGCCCAGAAAAGCGGUUGUUCGUGUCACUGGCGACCUUAGACAACGAAUUGCAGUCACCCUUGAAGAGGUCUGGUCUUCUCUUUUGGCAGAACCGACAAAGGAGGACCAUGAUAGGUUCGCUGUCACACCUUCGAGCCUGUAUAAUGUAAUUCUUCUGAAGAAUUCUCCCUCCGUCUUGCAGCACGUUUGGUCCUUUGCAUUCCAAAGACAUAGUAAGGCGAGGAGCAUAGGUACUUGGAUGCUAUGGUCUACUUGUGUUUAUUCCUGGAAGUUGCUGGGCCAUUUGGACACCGUUGCAGAGUUGUCUAUUUCGAUCCUGUAUGCUGUUUAUCAGAAUGGUAAAGUUGUGCCAUCAAAGUAUUGUUUAACAAACUUUUUCACCGCUGUUAUGCAUACGGUGCAUGUUAGGCCAGAUGAUGAGGCAUUCAACUGUGUGAUUGACUAUUUCAAGAAUAUGUAUUCACUAUUGCAUGUCAUUUCUGAAAUGCAAGAUCUUCCAGCGGUUGAGGAAUUUGAUGACCUGAGAACCGCGGGCCAAUUGACAAUAUACGGGUACCUUUUGGCAACAAAUAAGCCUGAGGCGUUCCACAAUUUGAUAAACGAUCUAUUUGUGCGCAGUAUUAAGAAAAAGGAUUAUAUCCAGGCUGGGUUGGCUCUUGAGUUGCUCGCAAGCACGUAUGACUGGACACCUAACGACCUGCUGCCUGCGAUCAAGAAACCUCCUCUACCACUGCAAUCGUCCUUUGAAAGAAAGGAAUACCUUUACAAGGAAGCUGCAAGGAACUUUGCUAGAGGUUAUAAGUUAGAGAAAGCAAUGACGAUUUACAAAGACCUUGCAGAAGCUUACGAAAAAAUCAAUUAUGACCUGAACGGUCUGGCAUAUGUGCAUGGCCAGAUCGCCAAUUUAUACACCGACCUCCAGAAUGUGGAUAGGCUUGUACCAUCCUAUUUUAAGAUCACUUUCUUGGGUUAUGGCUUCCCCACUACAAUUCGGAACAGAGUUUUCAUAUAUGAGGGAUUACCAUUUGAACAUAUAACCUCUCUCCACAGCAGAAUGAUGAAACUGUAUCCUGGAACUGAACUUGUCCAGUCUCAGGAAGAGGCUGAUGGCCUGCUUGUAGAGCCUCCGAUGGGUAGGUUUUUGCAUGUUGUUUCAGUUGAACCGAAGUUUGAUAUAUCCGACGGCUACGCCAACACAGACAAGCGUACUGCCAACAACAACAAGGUGCGCAGUUACAUCGAAAAUAGGAACCUAAAAACUUUCAGUUGUUCCAGAAGACUCCCGGGCACUACCUCGGUCACCAGCCUCUGGGUCCGCGAGUUUGUAUAUGAGACUGUUUCCACAUUCCCAACUCUCCUGAACCGGUCCGAAGUCAAAUCUGUUAUCGAGAUCGAUCGCUCACCAUUGGAUAAUGCAGUGCGCUCCUUACAGGUAAAGAUUCAUGAUCUCAGCGGCUUAGAGAGCAUGUGUUACAAACUGCUCAAGGACAACGACGACUGUGGUGAACUGUUUGGUGAACUCUCGCGCGAACUAAACGGCACUAUCGAUGCUCCUGUUAACGGUGGCAUCGCACAAUACCGCGAUUUCUUCACCCUCAGUGGGCCAGAUGCGCUCAAUGAAGCGGAUCUGGCCAAACUGAAGUACCUCUUCGACGAGCUCGCGCUAGUGCUUGGGCGCUGCCUAACGCUGCAUCGUGAGCUUUGCCCACCAACGCUCAUGAAGUCCUAUGAAGCAAUGCUCGAGCAGUACGAGAAGAACUUUGGAGACGAGAUCAAGCGCAACAAUAUUGACAUCAACAAGCUUGGGUCCGAGGUCCUGGAGAUUCUUGGCGUUCUAAACGGCUCGGACCAUUCUCUCAACAGAAACAUCACCAUUGGCUCGCAGAGUUCCCAAGGCACCGGUGGAAAGUCUUCCACAAGCAGUAACUACAGUUCCAAGGGCACCUUAUCACUUCGCAAUGGGCCAAUGCUGAACUUUAUGACCAGAUCAUAG